AUGACGUAUGUAUUGAAUGAAAUUGUGGACGUUGUGAAAAAUGGCAACGAUAUUGAUUCUACAUGUGAAUUAGUUAGCAAAGAAAUAUCAGAGAAAAGAUUAAGUUUUCUUCAAUUUGUUGAGAGUUUGGAAGAAAUUUUGACUUCUACAGAUAAGGAUAUUCGCCUAAAUGGAGUUAAGGCAUUUGUAGCUGUUUUAAAGAAAUUACCUUUGGAUUUUUUUGUACCUGAAGAGUUGGAUUAUAUAAAUCAAUUUUUAUGUGAACGUUUCAUUGACCAUCAUUCAUUUGUACCAAUUGUUUUAAUUGGAAUUGAAUAUACUGUACAAAUGAAAAAUAUCACCAAACAAAUGAUUGUAAGGUAUUUUAAUACAAUCAUGCCUCAUUUUCAUUGUCAAUCACAACUUCAAAAUGACCGACAUACAUUUUACUGUAUAUUACAAUAUAUAUUUUUAAAUCGACUAGAUGAUUUACGUUUUAUGGGACCAGAUUUCUUAUAUUGUGUUAUUUCUUCAAUGGACGGUGAACGAGAUCCUAAUAAUUUAAUACUACUCUUUAGAAUACUACCACAAUUUUUAAGAAAUUAUCCAUUAGGUCAUUUAGCAGAAGAGACUUUUGAUGUUAUUGCCUGUUACUUUCCAAUAGAUUUCUAUGAAACAGAAGAAAGUAAAAUAACUAGAGAUGAAUUAGCAACUAACUUAUCUCGAUGUCUUACGUGUGUAGAAGAAUUUGCUGAUUUUUGUAUUCCUUUGGCUUUACAAAAAUUAGAAGCUAGUUUGAAAGUUGCAAAAUUAGAUUCAUUGCAUUUAUUGAAAUUCUGUUGUGAGAACUUUGAUCCUAUCAAAUAA